CAGGAGGCGGGGUUUUGUCGGAAAACGAGUGGAAAUUAAAGAUCCGGUCAAAGGCCGUGGUCGCAUAAUAAUUACGUCACACACGACAACAACGGAUACCCGAUUUCCUUUCUGGAACACGGCGCUCGGGAAUGGCAUCAGAAGACGAAAUUAGUCUUCUGGUCAUUGUGGUAGAUGUCAACCCGAUAUGGUGGGGUCAGCAGUCUCAGAGACAACCUGAGUUCACACUGUCCAAAUGUCUGGAUGCGGUGAUCGUCAUGGCGAACUCUCACCUGGUGAUGACCAGAACCAACAAACUGGCCAUCAUCGCGAGCCACUGCCAGGAGAAUCACUUUCUAUACCCAAGCAAGUACUGGAAAGCAGGAGAAGCUUCCGGAGAUCACGUGUCCGGACCCGGCGACGGCAAAUACGAGCUACUGUCCGUUGCUGACGACGUCAUCGCUGAUGAGAUCAGGAAUCUCAUGUCCAGGACACAAGUGAGAGGCCACCAGACCGACACGUUACUGGCUGGAUCCCUCGCCAAAGCUCUCUGCUAUAUUCAUCGGGUGUCUAAGGAACUGGAAGCCGGUCGAGACUUGAAGUCGAGGAUACUGGUGAUAAAAGCAGCUGAGGAUUGUGCUCUGCAGUACAUGAACUUCAUGAACGUGAUCUUUGCUGCACAGAAACAGAAUGUCCUGAUUGAUGCGUGUGUGCUGGACUCAGAUUCAGGCCUUUUGCAGCAGGCUUGUGAUAUAACUGGUGGUCUGUACCUAAAGAUUCCCCAGAAAACUGCUCUGGCGCAGUAUUUGUUGUGGGUUUUCCUGCCUGACGCGGAUCAGCGUUCGCAGUUGGUGCUUCCUCCACCGGUACACGUGGACUACAGGGCAGCCUGCUUCUGUCACCGCAACCUCAUCGAGAUCGGUUAUGUCUGCUCAGUGUGCCUGUCAAUAUUCUGCAACUUUAGUCCUAUCUGCACGACAUGCGAGACGGCCUUUAAGAUUCCACUGCCGCAGAUGAUGAAACCGAAGAAAAAGAAACUUAAAGCUGCAAACUGAUCCAGUCAACUGACAAAUAUUCAUCUACGAUCGAGUUUUAUUUUGGAUGAGCAUUUUUUUUGUAACUUAAAAACCAUGAACGUGGGCAUUAGAUUUUUGCAGGAAUCAUGCGUAAGAACAAGGUUUAACUAUUAUGGACAAUAAUUUUGGGGAACUAUUACAGGUUUACAUUUUUGUAUUGUAAAUAGGAAAUAAAGAUGAUACGUUUUGAUUAUACUAAACAAGUUAUGGUAUGAGAGUUUGUCCCCACUGAAAUGUAGUAAAUAGGCAAAUAUCUGAUAAACAGGGAAAAACUAUAAAUUAGUGUCAAAAUUGCUGAUAUCUAUAACAGCAACUCUGACUGUAGUUAUGGCUGUAUUUCAAGUCACCAGUUUAUAAUAAAGCAAUCGUUCUAA